AUGGCUGAAACCACAGGCCGUGUGUUGGCGUCAUUUUUCAUCUCCGCCAUCUUCGCGGACGACUUUGAGCUGCGCGCGGAGCGGCCGCUGGUGGAGUAUGCGCUGCUGCUGCGCCCGCACUACUCCUUUGCCGCCCACGCCAACCUCGACGCCGUCUCCCUCCACCUCGUCGUCAGGCAAGCCCCUCCCCAGGCAAGCCCGCCCCCAGGCAAGCCCGCUCCCAGGCAAGCCCGCUCCCAGGCAAGCCCGCUCCCAGGCAAGCCCGCUCCCAGGGAAGGUCGUGGAUAUCCGAGGCGGGCGUUGAAGCUGCGAGUGGAGGCGCGGGAGGGGCUGGAGCAGGAGGACGUGGUGGAGCUGGUGGCGCUGCUGCACGACCAGGCAGCACGGGCAGCACGGGAGGGGCGAGUGACGGUAUUCAACCUUGCCGAGACGGCACAAGAGUUCCUCUCUCGCCGCCUCUCGUCACUGUCACCCGCCACACACCACCCUCUUGCUCCCACCCAGGCGGGCAGCGAUGGGGAGGAGGCAGAAGGCGAGGCAGCGGGCGGGGAGGAGGGGUGGGCGUGGGAGGACAGUGUGGACGCGGGGCUCUUCUCCGACCCCCUCUCUGCCCUCCCCCUCGCCCCCGCUGCCUGGCCCCCUGGCCCAGGCACUGCAGGCGCAGGCAGGGGCAGGGGCAGAGGCAGGGGCGCAGGCAGGGGCAGAGGCGCGGGGGGCAGUCAGGAGGGCGGAGCUGGGAAGGGCGAGGUGGGGGGUGGAGGGCGAGGGAAAGGAAGAGGAGCGAGUGCAGGAGGAAGAAGGGGCCUCGGUGGCAGGCCAGGGGGAGAGGGGACAGGCACAGAAGCUAGGGAGGGAAGGAGUGGAGCGUCGGGGGGCGGGGAGGAGGACACUCAGGGGUCGGUGGGCGAACUAAUCCGGCGAGUGAGAGAGGGGCUCAGGAGCAUGCAGGUGCUGGCCGAGGUGGAGCAGCUGGUGGGGCAUCAGAGGAGCACGGCGAGGCACAGGGGAUCAGGGGGCGGGCGCACGCAGCAGGACGGUGGUGGUGAUGGAGGGGAUGAGGAGGAGGGGGAGGAGGACGAGCAGAGUGAGGAGGAGGAGGAGGAUGAUGAUGAGGAGGAGGAAGAGAGUGAAGGAAGGAGUUUUUCAACGGAUGGAGGGACGGCAGUGGGUGCAGAUGGGAGGGAUGCAGCACAGGGAGCCACUGCAGCUGCAGCUGCGGUGCUGGCCUCGGCAUCGGCCUCAGGAGCGCAGCGCCGUGGGUCGCGCGACAUGUACACGGGCAUGAUCCAGCGCGACCUGCUCCUCGCUCACCUACUGCGCAUGGUCACCAGCCACAACGGCCCUCUGCCCCACGCCCUGCCUGCCCUCGCCUCUCAGCUGCAAGCUCUUGAGGUGAUACCGCAGUGGGUGGCGGAUCUGCUGCACCAUGACCCGCGCCUCAUCGACCGUGCCUUCCACCGCGUCUUCAGCAAGCCUGCCCGCCGCCUCACUGCGCACGCCCAUGCAGACCCAUCCGUGCAACGGGCGCUGCAGCGGUUCUGGUCGGCCAGUGCGGAGGGCGAGGGCAGCGCUGUAGAUGCAGCAGCACAGGCGUCGGGGUCGCGCUACCUCUCAGACUUCGAGGAGGUCGCCAUGCUGGGCAAGGGCGGGUUUGGGUCGGUGGUGCUGUGUGUGAACAAGCUGGACGGGCGCAAGUAUGCCAUCAAGAGGAUUCCCCUCCGGGGCAAGAGCCCCGCCCUCAACUCCAAGAUCCUCAGGGAGGUGGCGACGCUGUCACGGCUGCAGCACCAGCACGUGGUGCGCUACUACCAGGCCUGGUUCGAGACCGGGGCCGGCCGCUCCACUCGCCACCUGCCCGCGCACACCGACACAGACAGCAUGGAGGGCAGCGCGAGCCCCACUGCGAGCACGUCGCUGGCGUCGGCAUCGGAGUGGCUCACUCGCGAUGCAGACCUCACCCACUCCCACAGCUUGCCGGGGGGGAGGGACGGCAGGAAUGGGGGUGAGGCGGAAACGACGUACCUGUACAUUCAGAUGGAGUACUGCCCCAGGUGCGUUCAGAUGGAGUACUGCCCUAGGACGCUGCGGCAGGUGUUGGAGGCGAGGGGGGGGGACGAGGUGGAUGGCGCGUGGGCGUGGAGGGUGGUGCGGCAGGUGGUGGAGGGGCUGCUGCACGUGCACGGGCAGGGCAUCAUCCACCGCGACCUCACUCCCAACAACCUCUUUGUUGACCCGCGUGGGGACAUCAAGAUCGGCGACUUCGGCCUCGCCAAGUUCUCGGAGCUGGGGGAGGGGGUCGAUGCUGCAGACGCUGGAGAAGAGGCAGAAAGGGAAUUGAGUCCCGAAGGGGGUGCAGAAAGGGGGGGGAGGGAAGGGGGCCCCAUGGGGGAGAGGCGGCAGUCGGCGACGGGGCAGGUGGGGACGUACUUCUACACGGCACCCGAGGUGGAGCAGGGGUGGGCGCACGUGGACGACAAGGCAAGUGCACGCAGCAUCCGCACCCCUGGCCUGGCACCCCACGCACCCUGUCAUCUCGUACCUCUCUCCUCUGGGUGGGGUGGGCAGGUGGACAUGUGGAGUGUGGGCGUGGUGCUGCUGGAGUGUUGGCACCCCUUCCACACGGCCAUGGAGCGCGCUCACACGCUCUCAGCCCUCAAGCUGCACUGCACCAUUCCACAUGAGUGGGCGCUCAAGCACCCCCAGGUGGCAGAGCUGGUGAGGCGGCUGCUGAGUCCGCUACCCAGUGACCGCCCGUCAGCAGCAGAGGUGUUGCGAUGCGACCUCAUGCCGCCGCGCAUGGAGGAUGAGGCGCUCAACGGCAUACUGAGGGCCAUCCAGGCGCCGGGGGACGACUCCUCCUCCUCUACUUCCUCGUCGGCGGUGUACGACCGCGUGCUCGCCGCCAUCUUCGCCCGCCUCCCCGCCACGCCUCCCUCCUCUGCGCCCACCCCGCCACCUGUGCGCACGCUGCAUGGGGGGGCCGGGGAGGAGGAGGAGUGGGAGCGGGGGGCGGUGCAGUGGACGGGGGCGAGGGAGGCGUUCAUGGCGGGCGUGCAGUGCAUCUUCCACCGCCAUGGCGCCCUGCGCUCCGACACACGUGUCGUUGACUUUGCCUAUCCCGACCGCCACACCCACGAGCUGGCGGUGCGGGUGGUGGACGCACAGGGCUCGCUGCUCUCACUGCGCUACGACACUCGACUCACCUUCGCCCGCUGGGUCGCCGCCACACAGACCUCGUCUCUGAAGCGCUUCCAGUUCUCCUCUGUGUUUCGCCGCGCUCCCGGUCGCCGCCCCCCUCACGAUUAUCUGCAGGCAGACUUUGACAUUGUGGGAGGGACGCCGGUUCUGGCGGAUGCUGAAGCCAUCAAGGUGGCGGUGGAGGUGGUGGAGGGGAGUGCGGCGGCAUGGGGGGCGGUGGAGGUGCGGCUGAACCACCGCGACCUGCUGUGCGCCAUCUGGCAGUGGGCAGGGGUCACACGCCCGCAGGUCGCCAGUGUCGCCCAGUUGCUGGCGCUGCUGGGCGGCUCUCCCCCCACAGCCCCCUCCCGCAAGGCCGCGUGGCCUCUUGUUCGCCGCCAGCUGCUGCAGGGAGUGGGGCUGGGUGAGGCGGUGGUGGAUCGCCUGCAGGCGGUGGAGAAGCGCUUCAGUGGGCCGGCAGACGAUGCCAUGGCGCGCCUCGCAGGGGCGCUGCCACCAGGCCCACUGGUGGCGGCGGCACUGGGCGAGCUGGGAGAGCUGCUGGCGCUGCUGCGAGUGUGGGGCAUCCACCCCGCGUGCACCACCAUCGACGCCCUCAUGGCGCCCUCCCACCACUACUUCUCCAAAUGCUUCUUCCAGGUCCACGCAAGGCACCUGCCGUCUCAACCUUCCCAUCACCAGCACCAGCAGCAGCACCCCCUAAACCCUAUCAGCACCCAGCGCACCACCCUGCCCUCUGAUGCUUCCUUGCCUGGCGCUCGCUCGCUCUCCGCCUCGCCCCCAUCCGCCCUGGCCGCCCCGUGGUCGUCCUCGCCGCCCCUCUGCGUGGCUGUGGGCGGCCGCUACGAUGCCCUGCUGCUCCACCUCUCCUCCGCUGCUGCCGCUGGGAGAGGAGCGAGCUCUCGGGCAAGAGGGACAGGAGGCAGUGGGGGGGGCAGUGGGGGGGGGAGUGGGGCGGUGGGGUUCAGUGUGGCGCUGCACAAGCUCAUGGCGCCAUCACACCCAACCACCCACCACACUUCCAGGCAGGCAGCGGUGGAUGUGCUCGUGUGCGCCCGGGGAGGGGCGGGGCUGCUCAGCGAGCGGAUGGAAGUUUCUGCGCGGCUGUGGGCGGCAGGAAUCAAGGCGGAGUAUGUGAGUGUGCGGGCACCCAGCCUGACGGAGCAGUAUGAGCACGCACACGAGCACGGCAUCAAGUGGCUCGUGCUUCUCACCGAUGCCGGCCUGCACACCCACUCUGCCAAGGUACGGCAUCUAGAUUUGAAGACGGAGGAGGAAGUGAGCCUUGAUAAUUUGGUCAAGUUCUUCCUCGACGCCCUGCCGUCUCUACCCACUUCUCGCCGCCGCGGGGCCACAGCACCAUCUGGUUCUGGCGCUGCUUGA